UAUGCCUUCGGUAGAUUCAUAACAUUCCGGCAAAUUGUACAUUCCAAAUCAUGUCGAGUAACGCCCCCAUUUCAGAGGGGCGAGGGCGUAGUCAGAUCUAUCUCUCAACCAGAGGUGGCGCCUCCGGGCUUUCGUUCGAGAAUGCCGUGCUUCAAGGACUGGCCCCCGAUGGUGGCCUCUUCUUGCCCUCGGAGGUUCCAAUUGCUUCAGAUUGGGAGAGCUGGAAGGACCUGUCAUACACUGAAUUGGCCUUCCAAAUUCUGAGCUUGUAUAUAUCGACCGUUGAUAUUCCCUCCGAGGACCUGAAAAACAUCCUCAAUCGAAGCUACUCGACUUUCCGGGCCAAAGACGUCACGCCCCUAGUUCAUCUCAAGGAUAAUCUCUACCUCCUUGAGCUCUUCCAUGGCCCUAGCUAUUCGUUUAAAGACUGUGCAUUGCAGUUCUUGGGAAAUAUCUUCGAGUAUUUCCUAGUCCGGAAGAAUCAGGGCAAGGCAGGAAGAGACAGACAUCACUUGACAGUCGUUGGAGCAACAAGUGGCGAUACUGGAUCGGCCGCAAUCUAUGGACUCCGAGGCAAGAAAGAUGUCUCGGUAUUCAUCCUGCAUCCAAAGGGGCGCAUUAGCCCUAUUCAACGAGCUCAAAUGGUCACUGUUUUGGACGAGAAUGUGCAUAACCUGGAGAUUGAAGGAACGUUCGAUGACUGUCAAGAUAUCGUCAAGGCGAUCUUCGGUCACUUCGAUACGGAUUCAAGCUUGAACAUCGGCGCCGUCAACUCCAUCAAUUGGGCAAGGAUCCUGGCUCAGAUCGUUUAUUAUUUCCAUUCCUACUUCCAACUCGUCAAGACGAAUUCCAUCAAGAUCGGAGAGAAGGUCAGAUUCGUGGUGCCCACUGGGAACUUUGGGAAUAUUCUUGCAGGAUAUUUUGCACAGCGGAUGGGACUUCCAAUAGAGAAGUUGGUCGUGGCAACGAAUGAGAAUGAUAUUCUCGACCGGUUCUGGAGGUCCGGUACGUACGAGAAGCAACCAGUCAAAGGAGCGGAGGCAGAGGGUGGUCUGGAAACAGACGGUGUGAAGGCACACACUGAGGGCUGCAAGGAGACGCUUAGUCCGGCGAUGGACAUUUUGGUCUCCAGUAACUUUGAGAGACUCAUGUUCUACCUUGCCAAACAAUUCGCAUUAACCAACGGUAUGGACGACGAGUCGAGCAACAAAAAAGGAGCACAAGACGUUGCAUCCUGGUACCAAUCCCUCAAAACAACGGGCAAGUUCGGGCCCGUGCCCCAAGAUCUCCUCGAAAUCGGCCGCCGUACCUUCGAAAGCGAGCGCGUGAGCGACCCCCAGACUGUCCAGACGACGAAGGCCUACUACGAAUCAGUCGGGUACAUCCUCGAUCCGCACUCUGCGGUCGGCGUCACUGCUGCCGAACGAUCCAUCUCGCGAGCUGGCAAGGACGUCUCGCACAUUUCGCUGUCGACCGCGCAUCCGGCGAAGUUUUCGUCGGCUGUCGGACUGGCGUUGGAGGAUGAGAAGGACUUCGAUUUCGAGGCGAAGGUGCUUCCUGAAGAAUUCCGUGGCCUCUUGCAGAAACAGGAACGGCUCACGACGGUGGAGAACUCCUGGGAGCAUGUGAGGGAGCUUCUCAAAAAGCAAGUGGAAGAGGAGUUGAAAGCCGGAAGCAGCAGCUAGGCGGGCAUAUGUCGGUAUAUUGUGGUUUCACUUCAUGAGAGGAUUGUAGAGAUUACAGAGUCAAAUAGAGCAAACAUGCGCCGCUCGAGGACAUAUUCCAUGGUCAUCGAGUAAGAUAGUAUAUAUAAGUCUGAGUAUUUGACGUUGCGUCAUCAUUCA